AUGGCUUAACUUAAUAAAAGGAAGUAAUCUAAAUCUUUGGAUGAAAGUGAAGUAGCAAUUAUCAAAUUAAGUGAUAGUAUAGGGUGAAGCAGUUUAAGGUAGGUGGGUAAAGGAAGAACAUUAGAGAUUUGUAGAAGCAUUGAGUUUACAUGGAAAAAAUUGGAAGAAAGUAGAAGAAUAUGUUGGUACAAGAAGUGGAGCAUAAAUUAGGUAUCUUUACAAAUGAUAUCUAUUUCAGAUCUCAUGCUUAGAAAUUUUUCAAUCGUUUGGAAAAAGAAUUUAAUUAAUAAAUUAAUGGAUUGAAGAGUUCUGAAAUCAAAGAAAUCUUUGUAAAUAAAAUGUUUCAUUAAAAUUUUGAGGAAGAAUAAAUGCAAAUAAAAUAGAAGAAUAAUUCUAUUAUUGGUAUUUACUUAUAAUCUUAUUUUUAGAUGUAUCCGAUGAGGAAAUCCAAAUAAAUGUAGAGUCUAUGUAAUUGGAAUCUAAUUAAUAAUAAUAAUAAAUAAAAUCACAAUUAUAAUAAGGUAUUUUAGAUCUUAAUUUACCUGAUUUGCAAACUCAUAAUCCUACUAAGGAAUAAGUCACAAAAUAUUAGUAAUAAUAAAUGAAAAUACAAAAAAAACUUUAAGAUGUAUCAGAUAUCUAACAGUUACCAGAUGAACUUCUUAAAGAAAUAUGUAAUUUACAUCAAGAAAAAGGAUAGAUAAUGGCAAUUUAAUAGAUACAAAAUGCUUAUAAAUCUAUAUCUGAAAUUGAUCAAAAUGAUGAAUAAUAAAAUCCAUUAUAAUCAAAACAGAUAGAAUUAAAUAAUCAUACUAAUUUGAAUAAUGACAAAAAUGUAGAAUCAAGACCAGGAAAUGAUGAGUCCUUUUUUCAUUUUAUUAUGUAUUCAAUAUCUCAUAAAAAACCAGGGCAAAAAUUUCAAAGUAUUUAAACAAUAGGAAAUUGAGUUUAUCUGAUUUAAUAAAUGUACCAAAAUCUGAAUAAGAUAUCUAAUUAGAUACUAAUCCAUAAAAAUCUGAUUAAGUAUAAGAGGCAGAAGGACAAAGAAGUAGAAAAUAAUCAUUUACUUUUUAUAACGAUCAAGAUGAAGAAAAUGAAGUUCGAUAUUUGAAUCUUAAGAAAACUAAAAAAGAUUGA